AUGGAGACCUACGGAUCGCAAGGCUCUACUGAUGAAAUACGCUGCACAAGAGAAAAGAGAGAGGAUUGUGGAUACCCGGGGUCACCUUUUAACAAUCUGUCAGAGGCGCCAGAGCGUCCAUCUACGUCACCACCGUAUCCUGCAUGUCAAACACUGAUAGCACGGAACAUCAUGCGAUUAGUGGGGCACUGGAAAGGUGUAUGCCAGCAGGAAGCGCCAGAAACAACUGUUCCCUGGCAGAAUGCUUCCAAUCAGCAUAUCUAUAGCCUCAACAGAUGCCUAGUCUUGCUCUGCAUUAUUCAGCUUCAUUAG